AUGUAUGGAAAAAUUUUUAUGGUCAUCGUUCAAACAAUUAUUGACAUAACACCUCCAAGAACAAAUGCCAUUCAAUACAUUUUGUCGAGAAAAAGUUUAAAAGAUUUCGACAACAUUUUGAAUCUUUUGAUCGUAUUUCAAACGUUGCUUUAUUGUUAUGUCAUGUAUCAACAAGAAAACGGUUCCAUACCGAUCUUACCUGACGAAAAUCAUAAAUUUUCUGAAUGGAACCGGGUCGAAGUUUUUUAUCAUUUGUGCAACAUUGUUGGAAGCUUCCUUAUAUUACGAAGCUAUGAUACUUUAAAGGAAUAUUUCAACCCUAACGUUACAAUAAAAAAAGAUCAUAAAUUAAUUACAACAGGACCAUAUUCUUUAUUGGUUCAUCCUUCGUAUACUGGUGUCAUCUUGCAGUGGAUCUUCUUAUUUAACUUGCAUUUUCAAUUAUUUCGUUAUAUUCCUGUAUACUUUCCGUCCAAGUUGGGUAACAUUUUAUCAAGUUGGUGGUUUAAAGCUUUUGAAGUAAUUAGUUUAUAUGUUUUGCUUUACAAACGCGUCAUUCAUGAGGAAAAGUUAAUGAAAAAUCAUUUUGGUAAGGAUUGGGAUGUUUACUCGCGUCAACGUAAAAGAUUUAUACCAUACAUUUUUUGA